AAUCUAUUACAUUUUAUUUCUCUCCCAUCUACCUCUUCGGUAAAAAAAACAUGCAUUCUUGAACUCUGGCCGAAAAAAUUGACACAUGUCAUUUUGGCAUGAAUUUCACAGUUGGUGUUGGUUGCAGUUGUCAAAAAUUACGUAAAUAGCAGCUAAAAGAUGUCGCUCCUUAAGGUUAAUUACUACGACAAUCCCGAAGGCGAAGAUGCAGUCGGUAAGAUAAUUGCCAUUAACAGGAUUGCAGUCAGUCUGGGACUUGCCUAUUCGACAAUUGAUGUUCUUAUGGUGUCGAAACCUCGGGGAUAUCUCGCCACACUUGGAAGGUUUGCCUACAACACUGGACCCUUAGUUGGAAUGGCUUCCGCAUUUACUCUAGGAUGUUAUGCUGCCAAUAACAUCCGAAAAGUCGACGACAAGUGGAACUACACAAUCGGUGGUUUGAUGGCCGGAGCUGUAUACGGAUCAUGGAAGCGAACAGUUCCUGGAGGGGUGUUCAUGGGAAUCGUUUUCAGUUUGGCUGGAUUCCUUAAAAAACUUUCCAUUGAAGAAGGAUGGGAAUUCUUUCCAGAGCGUAGCACCCACGAAUUGGGAUCACUUCAUGGAGUCAACCACGAUUAUACUUUGAUGGCAGAAAGGCCAAAGAAUUGGACAACCGGCAAAGAGUAAAUCUUGUUUUUAUUAUGUAUCUACAGUUAAUGUUAAUUAAAAACUAAAUUAUAACUGAA